AUGUUUGUUAAUAUUUUACUAAAUAUUUUUAACAGGCAUAGCCCUCGUGCUGAGGAUAUGGAUAUGAGCGUAGAAGCCCAUCCGGAAGUACCGACAAAUGAAGUGAUUCAAGCUGAACCAGACAAUGAAGUUGAGAUGGUCACAGCAGCACCAGAAACGGAAGGAUAUAACACACCAGUUAGCAAACCAACGCCAAGCGAGUCGGACUUAACAAGGACGUUCACACGACGACCUGCGAUUCCAAAGGACAUCUCGCCAAUACCUGACAAUUCGAUGCCUUCAGCUGCCGACACUGCAAACCCCAGGGCGAAUGUGCGCUCGAGUCGUCAGAAGACAAUGACUAUGGAUCCGAGUGGUACGCAUGAGCUGAGGAAGUUGUUUGCAGAUGCUAGGCAAUCUGGGAUGUCACUAGACGAUCUGGAAGCAAAAAUUGUGGAUCUGUUCCGAACCAAAGACGCAGAGCAAAACCUACGCCUUGCUAAGGCAAUGGAACAGGUUGAACAUCACGAAAAACAUGAAUGUCGUAAUGAUGAGGCGAAUUUAAUGGUAUAUCGAGCGUUAGUGGCAGAAUACGAAAUGAUGAUCGAAGAAUUGACUUCUGGAGCUUAUAUUCACGUCGGACGAUUAGAGGAAUAUGGGUAUUCGAAGAAUGCAGGUUGUGGAGCUAAUUGCAAGGCAUCAGCUGAACGUGAUUCCAUAAAAUCUGAGUUGGAUUCGUUGCAUGAAGACUACAGUAAGUUGUAUGAUUCAUUCAAGAGACUUCGGGGAGUUGCAGAGGAGCAGAAACAGGAAUACGCUGCAUUACACGAAAAAUAUGCUGAGAAAGUGGAAGAGAACAAACGCAUACAAGGAAAAAUGAUUCGUUUACGUGAAGAUGCCCAGAAUAAGCUAGAGAUGGCGUCGAAGGACAUGGCUGAUUGUCUUCGGGAACGAGAUGAAAGCCUAGUAGGCUUAAAAAUGAAGGUACGACAGCUUGAAGUGGAUCUGAAAUCAAGUCAGAAGGAGCUAGAAAUUAAGAAAAAUGAAGCCAUCGAACUUCGAGACAUUUGCAACCAAUUGAUGUCACAAAUCGAGCCGGGUUCGGAUGUGGAGCAGUGA